CACGUUGCCUUGCUUGUCGUCUGGUGCCGUCGGUUGACCCGGAUACGCAUGUCGGUAGUUAGCGGCUGGCAGCGAGAGGGAUAAUACUGGGAGAGGGGGAAACAAACCAUGGGCAAAAAGAACAAAAAGGACAAGAAAGGAAAGGGAGUUGAAAAAAACGCGGCUAAAAUGGAGAAAAAGAUCUCCAAACGGUCGAAGAGAGAGGAGGAAGAUCUAGAAACAUUAAUAGAUGAAUUCAGACAACUUGAUGCAAAGAGGACCCAAGUGGCAGAAGUGACAUGUCCUUAUCCUUCGCCACGGUUGAAUGCAUCACUGUCAUCACAUCCUGAGAAAGACGAAUUGAUUCUCUUUGGUGGUGAAUACUUCAACGGCCAAAAAACUUUUCUCUACAAUGAGUUAUAUUUGUACAACAUCAAGAAGAAUGCAUGGUCAAAACUGGAAAUCCCAAAUCCACCAGCUCCACGCUCUGCCCAUCAGGCGGUGGUUGUUUCUCAAGCAGGUGGACAACUUUGGGUGUUUGGUGGAGAAUUUGCAUCCCCAAACGGUGAACAGUUUUAUCAUUAUAAGGAUCUUUGGGUGCUGCAUCUUGCCAGCAGAACAUGGGAACAAAUCAAGGUGACUGGUGGACCAUCGGGGAGAAGUGGUCAUCGUAUGGCUGUUUGUAAGAGACAGAUCUUAGUGUUUGGUGGAUUCCAUGAAAGUACAAGGGAUUUUGUGUAUUAUAAUGAUAUUUACUCCUUUAACCUGGAUAAAUUUACAUGGACAAAGGUGUGUCCAUCUGGAACUGCUCCAUGCCCUCGCUCGGGCUGUCAAAUGGCUUCCACACUUGAUGGUAACAACGUCAUUUACGGAGGUUAUUCAAAGCAGCGAGUGAAGAAAGAUGUAGAAAAGGGCAUUGUAUAUACCGAUAUGUUUCUCCUGAAAAAUGAAGGGAAGGAAGAUGAAGACAAAUGGACGUGGGCUCGCUUGAACCCAACAGGUGUGAAGCCAUCAGCACGAUCGGGGGGCUCACUUGCUGUUGCCCCCAAUAAUCGCAUUGUCCUCUUUGGUGGCGUAUACGAUGAAGAGGAAGAGGAGAAUAUUCAAGGAGAGUUUUUUAAUGACAUUUCUAUCUAUGAUAUGAUAAAGAAUCGCUGGUUUGCUGGGAAGUUAAAGGAAUGCAAAGGAGAGAAAAAAAAACGAAGACGUGGAACAAAAGAGAGAGAAACUGUUGAAGAGGCAAAUGAAAGCCCAGAACCCAGGUGUUCCACAGAAAUUGUGAAGGAAGUAGUUACCGAAGAUGGCACUGUGAUGACUGUGAAACAGGUUUUGAACAGCCCUGAUACCAAACCAAUCACAGAAAUUGAAGAAGAAGAGGAGGAGGAGGAUGAUGAUGAAGAUGAUUCUGAAACGAGUACGUCCAUUGAACCAUGUCCUCGGUCCAGUGCCAUGGCAGCAAUUAAAUAUGGUGUAUUAUAUAUCUAUGGUGGCAUGUUUGAAGUGGGAGACAGACAGUUUACUUUAAAUGACCUUUACUCCAUUGAUCUACACAAGAUGGAGAAAUGGAAAGUUUUGGUGGAAACUGAUCCAAAGACUCAGGAAUGGCUGGACGAAGAAGAGUCAGAGGGUGAGGAAGAAUGUGAAGGAGCUGCAGGAGGGGAAGAUGAAGAAGAGGACGAUGACAGCAGUGAAGAAGGUGAUGAGCAUCCUGCAGUGCAGCCACCCGAGUCUUAUUCGGAGUAUUUGUCACGCACUGAGUCUUACUGGAUUAAAGUGGCCAAGGAUAAUAUGGGCCAGAAUGCCAAAGAGAAGAAGACUUUGAAGGUGGCACAAGCAAUGGCAAAGGCUUUUUAUGAUAGUGUGUGAUGGUCAGAAGUUAUGUAGAAAUGUACCAUGGUGAAUUUAAUUUGUUAAUAGGCUAUAAUUUUUGCCUCAACAGAAAACUACAGUUUAUUGUUCAUUUAAGUAAUUUCAAUUACUUUAUAUAUUUUGAAAGCUAAUCUUAAAUAGAUUGAACUUUACUGUUACUUUUUUCUAAAUCUUAUAUUACACCAGAGAUAAU